AUGCUCGCAAGAGAAGCCGGUUACUGGUGGCUAGAGACUCGUCAAAGGUUGGAGACUACAGUUGAAGUUAUCACUUGGGUUGUAUUCAGUAGGGAAUUUCUGAGGAGGUACUACCCUGAGGAUGUUCACGGGAAUAAGGAAAUUGAAUUUCUCGAACUGAAGCAGGGAAAUUUGUCGGUUACGGAGUAUGUUGCUAGGUUCGUGGAACUGGCAAAGUUCAAUCCUCAUUAUAACGAGGCAAUUACUGAGUUUUCCAAGUGUAUCAAAUUUGUGAACGGGUUAAGCCUAAAGAUCAAUAAGGUAAUCGGAUACCUAAAGAUUCAUAAUUUUCCAUAUUUGGUAGAUAGUUGUAGAAUUUAUGAGGAGGACAAUAAUGCUCAUUAUAAGAUCAUAAAUGAGAAGAGGAGUAAGCACCAACAAAACUGUGGGAAGCCUUAUAAUGCUCCAGUUGAUAAGGGAAAAUAG